AUGCCCGGAUCGGAAGACCAGACAAAUACCGACUGUAACGUACCGACUACAGAGUCUCAAGUGUCGCAUGUUGCGGUGAAAAUUCCGCCGUUGUGGAAAAAUAAUGUUAAACUUUGGUUUAUUCAAGUAGAAAGUAAUUUCGCCCUUGCUAAAAUUACCAGUGAUAUCACUAAGUACAAUCAUCUCAUUUCUUCUAUUGAUCCUGAAACGUUAUCGGCUGUUUCCGACAUUUUAUUUAACCCUCCCGCAUUAGAUAAGUACGCGGCCUUAAAAGCCANUUUACUGGAAAAUUCCGAAGUUUUGCAAUUGAAAAAAAUUACCUUACCACAUUGUGAUUUACCUAUUUACUGCGACUUAUCAACAGGUACAGCGCGUCCUUUUAUAUCACAACCUUUUCGCGAGAAAAUAUUUGUUUCUCUGCAUAAUUUGUCUCAUCCCGGAAUUCGUGCGACUUCUAAUCUAAUAUGUUCUCGGUUUGUUUGGCCUUCCAUCCGAAAAGAUUGCGUGAACUGGGCUCGGCAAUGUAUUCCUUGCCAAAAGUCCAAGACAACGCGACACACUAAAACACCGUUAGGGAAAUUUUCAGACCAGUCGCAGAGGUUCGAUCACGUCCAUCUCGACCUCGUUGGCCCUCUUCCUCCUUCUCAGGGUAAUUACUAUUGUUUAACAAUGAUAGAUCGAUAUACAAGAUGGCCUGAGGCGGUACCCAUACCAGAUAUAACAGCUAAUACCAUAGCGCAGACUUUUUAUAACCAAUGGAUAACGAGAUUUGGAUGUCCAACUGUUAUUACAACAGACCAAGGACGGCAAUUCGAAAGCGGACUGUUUCGUGAACUUUCACAGCUGUUGGGAAUAAAGAAAAUUCGAACUUCUCCCUACCACCCACAAUCCAAUGGACUUAUUGAAGGAUUUCAUCGUCCGUUAAAAGCAAGCUUAAAAGCCUACGACACUGACCAAUGGGCAUCCGCCCUUCCAACAAUAUUACUGGGUUUUCGCUCGGUGUUCAAGGAGGACAUUGAAGCGACAACUGCUGAGCUCGUCUAUGGAAAGAGCAUACGCCUUCCAGGUGAAUUCCUUGAUCCCACUCCUGCAGAGUCUUCGCCCAAGCAACUCCUGGAGGAUCUCAGACGACACUUUGCCAGCGUACGCCCGGUACCAACUUCCAGUCAUGGUCGGCGGACUACGUUUAUUCACCCAGGACUCAGAGUAACUUCUCAUGUGUUUGUGCGUCAUGACGGGGUCAGGAAACCCCUCCAAGCGCCAUAUGACGGACCGUUCGAAGUUCUUAAACGACAUGAAAAAACUUUUGAGCUGCAAGUUAAAGGGAAAAGACAGACAAUCUCGAUUGACAGGCUCAAACCAGCAUUUUUGGCUGAAACACCUAAAGUUUUAACAAGUUCCAGUGCUAAAACGGACAAACAAACAACCCGUUGUGGUCGGGUGGUGCAAACCCCCCGACGUUACGUCACCUUUCGCUGA